AUGACGUUUAUCAGUGGUUGUAGGACAGACAAUGAGUUUGAGUCAGGCAUUUGUAUAUGCAAAAACCCGCAAGCAGUACUCGAUAUCAAAUGGCUUCAAGAAAAUUUAAGGCAGAAAAAUGCCCGAUUGGCCUGGAAACCUUCACAAAUACUAAAAAUUUAUGUCGAUGCUUCGACUACGGGGUGGUCAGCAACUUUAGGAGAGAAAAAAGCAUUCGGAAAUUGGAAGUAUCAUCACAAACACACAGACAUUGCUCUCCUCGAAUCAACAGCAGCAUUAUUAGGUCUCGAAUCAUUUGCACACAUAAUUGCGCAUCGCUGGGUCACUAUAUACAUAGACAAUCAAGUUGCAAGAAAAACAAUAGAAGCGGGAGAAAGAAGACCAUGGCAAAAGGAAAUAAUGUGUCAAGUAUGGAGUUUCUGCGACGAACACGAUGUGCAAAUUCACGAAUUUUGCUGGGUACCUUCCCAAUUAAAUCCUGCAGACGAGUUAACACGUUUUUUCAACGAAUCCGAUUGGGUGUUGGCACAAAGUGUAUACAAAGAAUUAAACAAGAAAUGGGGACAUUUCACAAUAGAUCGAAUGGCAAGCCUUCGAACAAGAAAG